GACUACUUCACUCGCCUCCACACAGACAUAGACACGCAGACUGAAUCGGAUUACAAGGAACAGUAGAGUAGACUGCAGACUGCAGAAGCACGCUCCAGUAGUCCAUGGCCUCCGAGCGUCGCCUCUACGCGCUCAAGGCGUUCGACGACACCAAGGCGGGCGUAAAAGGUCUCGUGGACGCGGGCGUCACCGCGGUUCCUACCAUCUUUCACCACCCGCCGGAAUCCCUCGACGACGCACCAACUCAUCCCCAUGGCCACCAGUUCUCCAUCCCGGUCAUCGACUUAGCCGGCCUCGUGACACCGUCUGGACGGGCUUCGGUUGUGGGCGCGGUGAAGGCGGCCGCGGAGACGGUGGGCUUCUUCCAGGUGGUGAACCAUGGCGUGCCAGAGGCCGCCAUGUCCGGGAUGCUCGCGGCGUUGCGGAGCUUCAACGAGGAGCCGGCGGAGGCAAAGCGGCCGUACUACAGCCGGGACCCUGGCCGGCGCGCCAAGUACGAGAGCAACUUCGACCUCUUCCAGUCGCGGGCGGCCAGCUGGCGCGACACGCUCUUCAUGGAGAUGGCCCCGGAGCCGCCGCCGCCCGAGGAGAUCCCUCCGGCGUGCAGGCGCGUGGCGCCGGAGUACGUGGGGCUAGUACAACGGCUGGGCCGCACUCUCUUCGAGCUGCUAUCGGAGGGGAUGGGACUCCGGCGCGGGUACCUGGAGGAGGAGCAGGAGUGCCUGGAUGGGCUGAGCUUCGCCGGCCACUACUACCCUGCGUGCCCGGAGCCGCACCUGACCCUCGGAGCCGCCAGGCACUCCGACCCCAGCUUCCUCACGGUGCUCCUCCAGGACGCGGUCGGCGGACUCGAGGUGCUCGUUGACGACGACAAGAACCAGCCUGCGUGGGUGGACGUGCCGACAGCGGCGGGGGCGCUGGUGGUGAACAUCGGCGACUACCUGCAGCUCAUGUCCAACGACAGGUUCAAGAGCGUGGAGCACCGCGUGGUGGCCAAGAGCGUGGGGCCGAGAGUCUCGGUAGCCUGCUUCUUCCGGGCGGACGCGUCGACAAGGGUGCUUGAGCCGAUCGUCACGGACGCCGGCGGCGCGCGGUACAGGAGCACGACGGUGGCGGAGUUGGUCCGGCACUACAGGGCCAAGGGCCUGGACGGCGUCCCUGCACUCCAACACGUCAGGAUCUGAAUGAGCCUCACUUUCAUUUGCUGUGCGAGGAUUGAACAAGUGCAACGAAUAAAUAAAAUGAAGAGGCAAUUGCGGGUUGGUAAUACAAACAUACAACUCUGUUAAUCAA